GGCGUGGCCCAGGGUUGCCUUUGUGUCGGGGGCCCUCUCCUCUGGACGCCGCGCAGGCCGACUCCAGCGGCGGCCCUGACCCUGGACGGCAAGGCCGCGGACUCGGUCGGCGCCGAGAAGCGGCGGCAGAUGGGUGACGGGCGCUGUCGCGGUCCGCAGGGAUUCCUCUCUGAUUAAGCAGACAGUUGAGGAUACAGGGUCUGAGAAUGAAUGUUCAUCGUGGUAGUGACGGCGACAGGUUGUUGCGGCCAGAGGCCAGCUGCCUAGUGGAUGAAACCUCAGAUGCAGCUCAGGAAAAAGAAACAAAUAGCCUGGCUUCACCUGGUCUUCACAAUCUUACUUAUCCCCUAGGUCCCAGGAAUGAAGACCUUUCACUUGAUUAUGCCUCUCAGCCAGCAAAUCUUCCUUUUCCUCACAUAAUGCCGCUUCCCGAAGACAUUAAAGGCUCUUGCUUCCAAAGUGGGAAUAAACGGAACCAUGAACCCUUUAUUGCUCCAGAAAGAUUUGGAAACAGCAGUAUGGGCUUUGGCAGUAACCCUCAUUCCCAGGCACCAGAGAAAGUGACCCUUCUUGUAGAUGGCACACGUUUUGUUGUGAAUCCACAAAUUUUCACUGCUCAUCCGGAUACCAUGUUGGGAAGGAUGUUUGGACCAGGAAGAGAAUACAACUUCACUCGGCCCAAUGAGAAGGGAGAAUAUGAGAUUGCUGAAGGAAUCAGUGCAACUGUAUUUCGCACAGUGCUGGAUUAUUAUAAAACUGGUAUCAUCAAUUGUCCUGAUGGCAUCUCUAUUCCAGACCUUAGAGAUACAUGCGAUUAUCUCUGUAUUAACUUUGACUUCAACACUAUUCGAUGUCAAGAUCUGAGUGCUUUGCUGCAUGAACUGUCUAAUGAUGGUGCUCACAAGCAGUUUGAUCACUACCUCGAAGAAUUGAUUCUGCCCAUCAUGGUGGGCUGUGCCAAGAAAGGGGAGCGGGAGUGCCACAUUGUUGUUCUGACUGAUGAAGAUUCUGUGGACUGGGAUGAGGACCACCCCCCACCAAUGGGGGAAGAAUAUUCCCAAAUUCUUUAUAGCUCCAAGCUCUACAGAUUCUUCAAAUAUAUUGAGAAUCGAGAUGUUGCUAAGACAGUGUUGAAGGAACGGGGCCUGAAAAACAUUCGCAUUGGGAUUGAAGGGUACCCUACCUGUAAAGAAAAAAUUAAGAGAAGACCUGGUGGUCGGUCUGAAGUUAUCUAUAAUUAUGUGCAGCGCCCCUUUAUACAGAUGUCCUGGGAAAAGGAAGAAGGAAAGAGUCGUCAUGUGGAUUUCCAGUGUGUUCGAAGCAAAUCUCUCACUAAUCUGGUAGCUGCUGGGGAGGAUGUCUUGGAGGACCAGGAGAUAUUAAUGCACCACCCACCCCAAGUGGAUGAACUUGACCGGCUAAAUGCCCCACUUUCUCAGAUGGCUUCUAAUGACUUUCAAGAUUAGGGUCUGCUGUGAGCCCACCCCUCACCAGAGCUCUUCUCUGCCUGGAAUGUCCUCAGCUAGGCCUCCCUGUCCUCCCCGUCAUCUGUCUCAUUCUGAGUAGGAGACAUGCUUCUCCCCCAUUAUUUCCUUUCCCCCAUAAUUAACAUGUCCUCUGCAGUAAGUCUGUGCUUCUGGCAAGGAAUGAAGAAGCACGCUUUGGUAAUUAGGCUACCAGUUUUGCAGCAGCCCUGGUAACUUGAAAAAUUUUGGUCUGGUGCUGUUCACUGAGUUUUUGCACAACUGCAAAAGCAGGAAAGGAAGACAAGACCUGUUGCCUCAUAUUAAGCAAAGAAGUCCUCGUCCUUUGUGCUCUGUGGUUUUUGUUUUGUUUUUAUAUUAGGUAAAUUGCUUAGCAGCAAAGGGACCAAACCUAAAAUGAGACAAUCUCUUAUCUUGUAAACAUGGGCACUCGUGAGAUGCUCACUAGAGGUUAAUGAAAUGCCAUUCCUGGGGCCCUCUAUACCCAGAUUGCAACUAGGAAAGCUAGGCUCACUCAGAAUGUCUAAAAGAAAUUCUUAAGAGCUAAAGUUAAUUUUUGUGUCGUACUAAUGCAAUGAACAAUCCAAAGCCACACAAGACAGGUUCUUUGGCAGAAAGAAUAAUAAUGACAAAGGAAUAAGAAACCUUUUUAGCUUCAGCAUUUAUGAACCUAGAUAAAUGGAUAAUUCAUUUGGAAUGAAACUCAAAAACAAGUAGAAGCUCCUCUCCAAAUCAGACCAGUCAGAUUAUCCUGGAGCGGAUUCUGUGUGAAGUCACAGGUCUUGGUGCCCUAGGGCAGCCCUUUGCUGUGGGUGUGCCAGGGGAACCUGAGCUAUGGUUUAAAGGCCUUCAAGAUGAGGCCAGAAAUUUCUCUUAAGUGCUUGGUAUCUUGUGUGUGUGUGUGAGAGAGAGAGAGAGAGAUACUGGGGACUGAACCCAGAGGCCCUCCACCACUAAGCUGUAUCUCUAGUCCUUUCUUUUUAAGUUUUACUUUGAGACAAGGUCUCGCUGAAUUGCCGAAGCUGGCCAUGAAUUUGGAGUCCUCCUGCCUCAGCCUCCCAGGUCACUGGGAUUAUAGGCGUGUGCCUCUUCUCCUGGCAGUGCUUAGUGUCAUAAUAGAAAGAUUUAUAAGAGCUCCAUAGAGAAGGCAUUUGUGAUAAAGCGGGGUGGGAAAACUCACGUGCGGGAUUUUCCAAAUUUGUUCUUGUACCAUGGAAUUUUGGUGUAUCAGUAAAGUUCAGUUUCUGAAAUAGCCCAUUAGUUGCUCACACACUGGGUAAGAAAACGAUACUAAUGUUCCCAGUGGAAGGCAAGUCAGGCCUGGCUGCUUUGUUGGAUUUCUCAGCUCUAUGGUGGUUGACAAUGCAGAUUGCUCUCCCCAGCCCCCACCUGCCUCUGGCACCUCUGUGGCUAGUAAAAGCAGGGCUGAAUUCAAGAGUCCAGCACCAGCUGGAAGUGUUUGGGAAUUAUCUUCCAUUUUCUGUUAGAAGUUGACUUUCCAUUUUCCGCCCUGGGCGUUUUCCCAUCACUUAUUUUGCACAGGCAGGUACCUUCAAGUUGUUUAAGGUAAGAACAUGACUCGUUUUCUUAAAUUCCAUUCCCAUGCAGCUCUAUAGAGCAGGCUCCUCGAUUCCAUUUGACUACCCAAGUCACAGUCCUCCACACACCAAGUCGGGUGUUGAGCUCCCCUGUCUCCAGGAUUGAAGAACAAGAAUGUUCUGAGGCAACCAGCUUCAUGGGGGAAUGAGUGCUGUUUCUCACUUGGAAAAAGCAGUAGUGAGGGGUUAAACUGAGCUGUCUCUCACCUGGAGCUCUGAUAACCAUUGGUGUCUAUUUUUGUAAGACGAAUGGUCAGGGAUAAGGGAAGGGUUAGGGUUCUUUGUAGCCAGAAAUUAGUGUUUCUGUGAAACUAAUUGGCUCAUAUUUGAAGUCACCUUACUGGCACCACAUUCACAUCCACUAGCAGCUGAGCAGCUCAGGGAAGUGUUGAAGGGUGCUUCCCAGCAGACUUACAUGCCAUUUCAAAGCAGAUAUCAAUUUUCUGACAUUUGUGUAUUUGUGAUGUAACUUCUCCUGUUACAGCUCAUGUAUUGUUAUCUGAGUGUAAACACACCCCAGCUAACACCUAAUUAGUUCAUGCUUAGGUGAAAAAGGUGAUCAGAGUACAACAUGUACUUGGUACUUUGUUCUGUGUUGUUCAUUCCCUCAAGCUUUUGAGAGGCAGAUCGCUCCACUCCCAGAAUUGCAGGUUAACGUGCAUUUGGCCCCAACCAGUGGGGUUUGAGGAAGUGGAAAUCUGUGAGGAUUAAUCUGUUAGUGUCACCAGGUGGUGGUCACUAAGGGAAAAACUGGAACCACAGAUCCCUGCUGGUGAAGGGGGAGUUUUUUUCCUGCAUCUUUCUCAACCCCAACUUAGAUGGCAGCAUCAUUGUCAUUUGGUGGCUCCCCUUAGUUGUGCCUGUCUCAGGGUUGGGACAUUCUGCGACAGCAGGACUUCUCAGUCCUCUUGAGAACAAAGGCUGGGUUGCCAUCAUCCCCUUGAGUCAGUUACUGGCCAUCAGGCCAGAGGUGUUUCUCCCUAAUAGAAAAGGUGGAAGUUGGGUUUGGUGUCUUUUCUAAGUGCCUAAAUAAGUAAGCCAGGCUGUUUACACAGAAAGAUUUUCAUAAGCAAAAUGGUUUGACCCACAGUUUCAGAGCAUCUCAGCAAGCCAAGGUGAACCUGGGUCUGAGUUUAGACUCCUGGGUUCGUGUCUGCAUCAUACCUUGUGUAGCUGGUGAGAAAGCAGAGCCACUGAGGAUCUGGAGAGGGAGCCAAGAGCUGAUGUUAAAAUGUGUUAGAGGAGUUCGUGGUUUCUCCAGAGUAGAAGAAAAGUGUUGAAGGAGUGACAGCAAAAAGGGUAAGGAAGACAAGUAGCUGGAUUUAUUGCGCAGUAUCCAGUGGCUAGAAUUAUUUAAAAUUAAAUCUCAAGAGGACAGCAUGAUAUCUAAUGAAUUCAGGUCUAUGAAAAUACUGUGGAGUAGGCCCAAGGGGGAGAGAGAUCUAUUUUCAAAUAGUGUAACAAAGUGUCUGUCAUCAAAACAAAUAUUCAGAGCACCGGCUUUAACUCAAACUGUCAUAAAGUGUGAUGUGGAGUCCUUGAAAAUCAAGUAUUUGUAAGUAACGCAUUCAAUGCCACUUCUUGCCAUCACUUUGAAACUUAAAAUGGGCAGAGUGAGCUUGAAGCAAAUCUGAUGCUUUCAUGGGAGAUGGAGCCACGUUUGUCUUCUGGAAGGGAUCACCUCUGGGGAGAAUCACACUUUCUCCUAAUGGCAAAAUGCUUGUAGGUUUUGCCUCUUUACUUUGUAUUUACUUCUCAAGUUGCACUUGUUCACCUACCAGUGUUUACGAAAUCCUAUAUUUGGGAUGCUUUUUCUAUAAUAAAAUAUUAUCAUUUGUGUG